CAACAGACAAGGGGACAGCGCCUCUUCCCUGGAACCCACAAAAAUUAUGGGGAACCCAGGGAAUUAGCUAACCUCACCCUGUUUGCCAUACAUAAGCUGUGCCUGUCUGGUCCACACUAGCUUGCUGGUACUCUGUUUGUAGGUACUACCUCCCUCCUGGCCCUGCCCAGAAGACUUCUCUGCUUGGAGUUAGAAAGAAAACUAGAAGACCAUGGCAAGUUUAGACUGGGGAUACGAUGCCGAAAAUGGUCCUGAGCAAUGGAGCAAGCUGUAUCCCAUUGCCAAUGGAAAUAACCAGUCUCCUAUUGACAUCAAGACCAGCGAAACCAAACGUGACACCUCUCUGAAACCCAUCAGUGUCUCCUACAAUCCAGCAACUGCUAAGGAAAUUAUCAAUGUGGGACACUCCUUCCAUGUGACUUUUGAUGACAAUGAUAACCAAUCAGUGCUGAAAGGUGGUCCUCUCUCUGACAGCUAUAGACUCAAUCAGUUCCAUUUUCACUGGGGCAGUACCAAUGAGUAUGGUUCUGAGCACACAGUGGAUGGAGUCAAAUAUGCUGGAGAGUGUCACAUUGUUCACUGGAAUUCUGCAAAGUAUCCUAGCAUUGCAGAAGCAAUCUCCAAGGCUGAUGGUUUGGCGAUUAUUGGUAUUCUGAUGAAGGUUGGUCAGGCCAACCCAAAGCUCCAGAAAAUACUUGAGGCUCUAAAUGCAGUUAAAACCAAGGGCAAACGAGCCCCGUUUACAAAUUUUGACCCCUCCACUCUCCUUCCCUCCUCCCUGGAUUACUGGACCUAUGCUGGCUCUCUGACUCAUCCUCCUCUCCAUGAGAGUGUAACCUGGCUCAUCUGUAGAGAGACCAUCAGCAUCAGCCCAGAACAGCUGGCACAGUUCCGCAGUCUUCUUUCAAAUGCUGAAGGAGAAAACCCUGUCCCUAUACAGCACAACAACCGACCACCCCAGCCUCUGAAGGGCAGGAUUGUGAGAGCUUCAUUCUGAUUGGCUUAAGAAGGAGGUUAUCCUUUCUCAAGAGAGGACCUGCAGCUGACAUAAUCCAGUAAAAUAAUGAUUUUUAGGAAACAAGUUUAUUUCAAUAUUAACAAGAUAUCAUGCCUGCAACAUUUAAUCUGUAGAACUAAAACAAUAUUAAUUUUAGGUCCUAAAGCCUCAGAUAAAAAUCUGUAAGCCUGCAAAUAUGUAAUCUGUACGCAGAAAUUUAUGCUUCAAUUCAACUUUAUUUUGUGGAAUUAUUUUACAAUUGCAAUUUAGUGAUUUGUAUCUUUCUCUAAUUUUGUUUCAUUUUAGCUAAAACAAUAAAAUAGUUUGAUCUCUUC